UCUAACCAGCCACAGAGCUCCUGUUCACAUCACUGGAAGGGGGCUGACUCACUGAGCUCGCGUGCGUACCGAACAUGUUGGGAUGGUUGUCAAUAACUGGGUCCAACAGGUUUCUUUGAAGGGGAACGUGAUAGGCUACCAGACACCUAGAGCUUGUGGCACCGAGAAGGUCAUCGAAGAAGACAGAAUGAGGAAGUUCCUGUCUUUAAUCCUUGUGGCUCUGCUCUGCUGCUGCUGGACAACACAGGCAGAGAUCUUCACUUCCAUAAGCCAGAUGACGGACCUGAUCUACACAGAAAAAGAGUUGGUCCAGUCUCUGAGGGAAUACAUAAAAGCAGAGGAGUCCAAGCUUGCUGCUGUCAAAAGCUGGGCCAACAAACUCGAUGCUCUGACCAGAGUGUCCACCUCUGACCCAGAGGGCUACCUGGCCCACCCAGUAAAUGCCUACAAACUGAUGAAGAGACUCAACACAGAGUGGUCUGAACUGGAGACACUGGUGCUCCAGAAUCCCUCUGAUGGGUUCAUUUCCAACAUGUCCAUACACAGGCAGUUCUUCCCAGAUGAAGAGGAUGAGACCGGAGCAGCCAGGGCGUUGAUGCGUCUUCAGGACACGUACCAACUGGAUUCUGAGGCCUUCUCCAAAGGAAAGCUGCCAGGUAUUCACUCCAAUGCCAUACUGACAGUGGACGACUGCUUCGACAUGGGAAAGACGGCCUAUAAUGAUGCGGACUAUUACCAUGCUGUGCUGUGGCUGCAGCAGGCCCUGAAGCAGCUGGAUGGCGGCGAGGAAACUGAGGUUUCCAAGGCAGACAUUUUGGACUACCUCAGCUACUCAGUUUACCAAAUGGGAGACCUACCUCGUGCCAUUGAGCUGACACGCCGUCUAGUGGCUAUUGACCCCAGCCACCAGAGGGCAGGAGGAAACCUGCGUUAUUUUGAGCGGCUGCUGUCCAAGCAGCUCAGUGAGCUGAAGCAGGAGUACGAGCCUGCCUCUGAAGAGCCCAUCCAGCUGGGAACCUACCGCAGACCUAAAGACCAUCUCCCAGAGAGGGAAGCCUAUGAGGCUCUCUGCAGAGGAGAGGGAAUCCAAAUGCACGAGGCAAGGCGCAGCCGUUUGUCCUGUCGCUACCAGGAUGGUAACAGGAACCCUCGUCUCCUGCUGAGGCCCAUCAAAGAGGAGGAUGAAUGGGACAGCCCCCACAUCGUACGCUACCUGGACGUGCUGUCACACAUGGAGAUUGAGAAGAUUAAGGAGCUGGCAAAACCCAGGCUCGCCAGAGCCACUGUGCGUGACCCCAAAACAGGUGUCCUGACCACAGCCAACUACAGAGUAUCAAAAAGUGCAUGGUUGGAAGGAGAGGACGACCCUGUGAUUGACAGAGUCAAUCAGAGAAUACAAGACAUCACAGGCCUUACAGUGGACACUGCAGAGUUACUACAGGUCGCUAACUAUGGAGUUGGAGGACAGUACGAGCCACAUUAUGACUUCUCAAGGCGUCCUUUUGACAGCAACUUGAAGAGCGACGGAAAUAGACUUGCCACCUUCCUAAACUACAAAGAUGAACCUGAUGCUUUCAAAAGAUUAGGCACUGGAAAUCGCGUGGCGACUUUUUUGAACUACAUGAGUGAUGUCGAGGCAGGAGGUGCCACAGUCUUCCCUGACUUUGGAGCAGCGAUUUGGCCAAGAAAGGGGACGGCAGUUUUCUGGUACAAUCUCUUCAAGAGUGGGGAGGGAGACUAUAGGACCAGGCACGCAGCCUGUCCUGUCUUAGUAGGAAGUAAAUGGGUGUCAAACAAGUGGAUUCACGAGCGAGGACAAGAGUUCAGAAGACCCUGUGGCCUGACAGAGGUGGACUGAAGUUUGACUCACUCCUAAGGAAUGUGCAAGAACACUCGCAUACAUACACAUACAGCCACAACAGUGCCUUAACUAUGGCAACAAUGCAACUCAGAGACACACACUUAAACACUUAUCUCCCCCAACUUAUCAACAUGAUAAAGGAAAAAAAAAUCAGGAGGAAACUGUGACACUGUUAUGUGUUUUAUGGCUGGAUAAUUUCUUAAGUGUUUUGUUUUUUGUUUUUUUUUACCAGAAGAUACAGAGCUCAGUUCUCUGUCAUGCAUUCCCACACCACCCCCACUCAAUUAAACAUGUGAAUUAAGAUGAGAAAUUAUUAAAAAUGUAAAUAGAAUUUACCAAUGAACUUUUAAAAAGUGAAACUAUGUCAGUGUAAUCUUGGUUUGCCAGUAUACCCCCAUUUAAUAGUCACUAAAAUCAGAUUUUAAAUUAAGUUACUGGUUGAUCCAAAUGUCUGAGUCCUCUGCCAAAUCUUUUUCCCCCCCUCUGAUACCAAAAACUAAUACCUGUGUGUUCAUGCUGUCAGUGCCCCAGACUGCUCCACUAAGCUUUUUCUCUUCACACUUUAAAGAGACUCAACUUUUUCAAAGUAAAAGCUUUAGUGGUGUUACAGAUAAGACCUUAUUGAUUUAGCUAAUAUCUGUUACAUACAGGAGAUGUGAUGAAAACUUUACCAUACCAAAUGACGUGCAUGAGCAGAUUAAUCUGAUUUAUUUCAAGGUUGUAUGCACAUUUCUUAAAGAGAAAGAAAGAAAAGUUGUAUUCAUUUUUGAUAAAUAUUGUCAUUCAAUAUUUUUUUUUUUUUUU